AGAUGGUCGACGAGAUGGUCACCGGCUUUCGGAUUCAAUACAACACCAAUGCCAACAUGUUGGCAGGGAUCAAUCCCAACUUGGUUCAUGUCGAUGGUGGUGCAGAGCUGUCCAUCUAUGGCGAUUUUCCCGGAGAUGACCUGUGGUGUGGCUUUGAAGGCGUGCUGGAGGUUGACCGAGCCCGCCGAAUCUCUCCCAUGGAGCUACGGUGCUUUUCACCAAGUCGCACAGUCGGCUUUGGACGCGUCUUUCUGAUGCAUGAGGAUGCUUUUGGUGAACUGACAGUGAGACACCAAGGCAUGUUGGAAUUGGAGUACGUGGAGCCGCUGGACCUCUUUGAAGUUCAUCCUCGUGAGGUUGUGGAUGGACACAGCACUCGGCUGCGCGUUUUGGGUUCGCAUUUCCGACCGGUGGCAGAGCUGCGCUGUGGCUUCGCCAGCCGUCAGAAGCGGCGAAACUUUCUCACGCAUCAAAUCCCAACCUGGACAUGGCCUGGCAGAGUGCGAUGCAGCACUUCUCUGGCAGCGCGAGCGAGACGAAGCUUUGUCAUGUUUUCUGCGCACCCAGUGGAGCCAUUAGAACGGCAAGAUCCCUUCGUUUGUGUCUCAUACAUGCCGGAUGGUACAUGGGUCUACCAUGUGGUCGAGGACUCUGGCAUCACAGCCAUGCCUUUCAUCCCGCGCUUUGACGACGCUUUGGUGGCUGAAUUCAUUGAAGAUGAAGCGUUUACACUGGAGGGGCGGAUGAAUGUCUUUGCUGGACUUCAUAUGGGCUACGACAGGGGGGAUCUGCUCUUCCUGAAAGAUGUGGGUAACUUGACCGAGUGGGCUGAAGACAGAGCCAUGAAGUUCUAUACGCCCCAGACUACCCGACAG